AACGGACAGAUCGGCGCUGAAGCGAAACAAGAAACAUUCACGGAAGAGAAAUGGCUUUGAAUUGACAGUCGUGACAUUUGAUACUAGGUCUGAAUAAAUGAGUCCAUAAAGGCUGUCCCACGUGAAAAGAGCGGGCUGCAGGGUAACGCGAUGCCGCCCCUUUAAAACGCCGCCCGCUUGGACUGACACCAGUGCGGAUGCUGAAGUGCACCUGCUCCGUGUUAACACACCUGCUGGGGCUUCCUCUGACCCUCUCUCAUCUCAUCCUCAGCGUUAAAUGAAGCAGCUCGAAACAUUUUUAUACCUUUCAACUCGUGCGGAAGCAGCAAGGAAUUAACGAGGGUCUUAUUUAUUAGCCUACCCACGGCAGGCGUGCUCAGAAGGGGCUUUAUGAAAGUGCUGUUUCCGGUUUAUUCCGUCGUUCGGCUGGGGAAGCGGUAGUGUUUAAGGUAGGAACGAUGCCUGUGCAAAUUCCGGACGACGCGGAUUUCGCGUCUUUCAAGGAGCAGUGUGAAAGCCAUGAGGGCUGGAUACAGCGCUACAACAAGGCUGGUGUGACGGUGUGGUGCCGAGACGAGGAGACCAAAACAGUGCAAAAACUUAAGAUGAAUAUUGUGUGCAAGGAUGUCUGUGCAGAAACGCUGUAUGAUGUCUUACAUGACACAAGCUACCGGAAGAAAUGGGACACCAACAUGAUUGACACAUUUGAUAUUGCAAGACUGACGGUCAAUGCAGAUGUAGGAUAUUAUUCCUGGAAAUGCCCGAGUCCACUGAAGAACAGGGAUUUUGUCACCAUGCGUUCAUGGCUUCCUCUUGGCAAUGACUACUUGAUAAUCAACUACUCAGUCAAACACCCGCAAUACCCACCAAAGAAAGACUAUGUCAGAGCAGUGUCUUUACUCACCGGAUAUUUGAUCCAGUCUAAUGGAGCAAACUGCUGCACUCUUUACUACUUAACACAAGUAGAUCCGAGAGGUUCCUUACCUAAAUGGGUAGUGAAUAGAGUCUCUCAAUUUGUGGGACCAAAGGCCAUGAGGAAGAUCUACAAGGCGUGCCUGAAGUAUCCUGAGUGGAAACGGAAACAUGAUCCUAACCUGAAGCCGUGGAUGUACCCAGAGCAGAACACACUACCAUGCAUGAGCGUUUCAGAGCUCACUGUCCAGAGAGCAGAUUCGCUGGAGAACAUCGAUGAGAGUGGCUUGAAUGAAGAUAAGAUCCAGAACCACAGCGAAGAUGAGGAAACCUAAACCUUCAGACUCUGCUUUUUCAUGAGUGUGCAUGUAUGUGUGAGUGUGUGAGAAAGUCAGUGAGCAUUGAUUUACACCCAGUAGUUCUGCAGAGUAUGACUUACUCGUUUUCAGCUGCAUCUUAUGCAUGCUUUGCUAUGCAUUGCUGAUGACUAUAAUGGUGCUCCUUUCAAGGUUUUGACAUAUUAAUGAUUGUGAUUGUUUGCACUACCAAUCCCAGUUUAUUAGAAUUGCACAUAUCAUUAAUACAAGUUUGAGGAUUUUAUUCUAAAUGAGGUCUAUUAGACAUUUAUACAUGAACACAAACCAAUUGGCACAUUACUGCGGGUCAAUUUUAAAUCUUUGGGCUACAGUUGCGAUAUUUUUUCAGCCAUCUCUUCUGUGAGUGAGCAUUAGUUUUGUAGUGUGUUUUAUGGCUCCAUAAACUCCAGUCUUCUUUUCUGAUACUGCUCAAAUUAAUGUGAAUCGAAUGUCACGUUUCCAGUGUAGGUUUCGUCUGCACAUUUACAGUCACAUUUCCGGGACACCCUACCUGUGGGAAGUGAGAGUUCUCCAGAACUCUGUGGUUUGUUACAGGGAUUUUCACUUCCAUAAUAUUUACCUAUGCAUCAAUAAGAUCUCAGGAUUUGUUAAAAAAACAAAACAGUGCUGUCUACCUUUCUCAGAUAUACAUUGUGUGCUUCUCUGGUCACUUUUACCGAUUCAUUUAUGAAUAAAUAUCUUUAUCUUGUAAUUUGGGAAUGAUUUUAUGCAUCCAUGUAUUUGUUCUGUGUUAUUCUCAUAUUAGAUUGAAGCAUGCAUGCUUUCUGUAAGGCUCUGACAUCAAGAGUCAAGCAUGCAUAUACAAAAUCUUUAUUUAUUUCAUUAACAUGUAAUAUGUUGCAUGUACCAUUUAUAUCCAUUUUCUGGCUGAGCCUUUUAAAAGUUGUUGUGUUGUUUGGAACUAGUGUUGCAGUCUGGUCCAGACUCUUUAGACUCUUGGGGGAAAAAAAAACAACGACUUUUAAUUACUAUUUGAUGACAAAGCAUGACAAAGAAUGUUUUUGACACUGUCUAGUACUUUGAAAUGAGUGUGAAGUGUUAACACAAAGAGAAUUUGCUUUUCUUUUCUCCUCCAUUUGGCAAGAAAGAGAGGUCUGUGCCUGCCUCCACUCUUUUCCAUCCAAAAGCCUACAGCUGGCCACCACUCCUCAAACUCUCCAUUGUCUCCGACACUUCCUGCUUCCCAUUUGGAGCAGUUCCUGCCUGCAUCAGUCAGAUUGUUCUGCAGGGAAGGAAACUGCUCAAGUCAGGCCUCUCUGGUUUCAAACAGCACACACUGGUUACUUUUGCAAGAUUUCUGGGUUUCUUCACAUCCUAUUUGCAAAAGUUCUAUUUUCUUAAAUAACGUGUAUUUCCUAUGACUGUGAUGUAAUGCAAUGUUUCUCAUUGUUGGCAUCUGAUCAAAUUAGCGACAUUUGUGGACGGAUUCAUACGAAAUUUAUACACAGUACAUUUUCAAAUUAUUUGGUACAUUUAAGCUAUGUGUUUUUGUGUGAUUGUCAGUUUUACCAAAGAAUAUAACUUCCAUACUACAGACUGUA